CUAGAAACUAGAAGAAACUAGUACUAGCAGCUCGUACGCGGCACUAGUCUAACUCUGGUGUCUUGUCAGGAGUCAUAUGACUCGUUUGCAUUUUUGACUUUGUGUGAAGUAUUUGCAUCUUUUCUUGAAAGUUUAAGUUUUGGCUUGCAAUUUCUAUAGAAAGAUGACCAUGACGAACGUUCUUGCCUCUGCUGCAGAUCGACCACCGCCCGGUAGGGUGACAUUCGAUAGAGUCCGAGCUUCAGCCAAAUUCCGAAGGACAACAUCGCUUGCCAUUGCCUGUGCCUCCUUCGCGGCUAGCUUAGGCGGUCUCUCAUGUUGCGAAGCGGCCUCUUCACCACAAUUGCAUACUGAGUUUCGCAGAGCUAGAACAGAUGGCGCAGCUUAUGUUGAUCGACGCGGUCAUCAUGAACUACGGGACAACAACGGUGGUCCUGGUCGUGUGGUGGAUGGUACUGGUAUGGACCUGCAAUUGCCAAUACCACCAGCACAUGCAAGAGCAAAAGAAGUGUCUGCAUUUCCACCGGUCAACUCCAGCGCUAUGGUCGCUAUCCCGCUUCCAACACGCGUUCAUCAUAGUGACGAUUCGAAGAGGACAAGCCAUUUUCUCUUUCGCAGUGCGCCGGGAGGGUCAUAUUCUUCUUCAUCUAGCACUUCUCCUAGUACUACAAGAGACCGCAUCAAUCUACUUCAAAACGAUGAAGGAGAUCAGGACUUUUUGUGCACGACUAAGACGAGCACGCAAAACCAGAACGAGCAAGUAGCAACGUGUAAGAACAAAGAGGAAGAAGACAGUCCAUCCACCACAAUUGCGCCUAAUACACCCUGUACCUCGUGGUCUAGGUUUUCUCGAUGCAGUUCAUCCAUGGGCUUUCGCACUGACAGUGAUAACGCGUUAUUGGACCAAAGAGAAAGUAAAGGCAUCAACAAACGCAAAGCGGAAGAGGAGGCCAAUCUCGCCAUAAAGAUCAGUGAUGAGCUAGUAGAGCAUGAAGAAGCUGCUGAAGUACAACAAGACGCGCCAGGAGUCUCAGCUGCGAAUCCAGCUGGGACGAGGCCGAUGGAAGCAAGUACGCUGCAGCAUGUUGACGAAGAUCGUGUGCCUCUCCGUUUCGGAGGAAUCAACAUGAUAUCUGAGCCAUCGACUCGAAUCUCAAAUGUGCAGAUAUCGGAGGAAAAUUUGGAGCUCGAUCCGAGUUACUUUCUCGGCUGGCGGCAGCUGUCCAAGGACACAUGUUUUUCUGCGUCAAGCAACCACACCAUGCACACCUAUUAUAAUGGUACUAACGAUCUUGCUCUCCCUCUCGCAUCGAAUACAGAGACGCGCCCGGCUCGACAGCAACCUACGCUCUUUGAAUCUGGUACUGGUUCAUUGGGACCGCGGCAUUUCCUGGCUUCUUCGCAAGAUCAAUCUCUGGGAGACGAUGUUGAGGAGGAGGUCUUCCGGUCGAGGAACAAUAAUCUAGAUGAAGUUGUGACUGAUGGUGGACUGGAGCCACAUCAAGUAGAAGUAGGGACGAUUAAGAAGAUGAACUUACCUUCUCUACUUAUGAACACGACAAAAGACCCCGGCGGACAAGUACGAGGCCUUGAAAGUGAGCGUGGUUUAGUACUAGACGAGGAGCCGACUCCGGUGGCAUUUAUGCUUCCAGUAUUCACUGCUCCCGCUUCAGGAGAACAACAAGAUAAAGGACUAGAAGACGUACCAGAACAAAUUAGUGCUGGUGAUGGCGUGCCAGAGCCUUGCCCAUCUUUUGACGCAGAAGCGCUCGUCUUUGCGACACGGGGAGCACAUGAAGUAGAGACUCAUGAUUCAGGACAAGAAAAAGAACUUAAAGCUACAACAGUGACUCCACAAAGGUUAUCAACAGUGUGUUGUCUACAGACAUCGCCUGAGGCAAAAAACGAACAAACGGUUUGGAGGCUGAAAACGAUGCCUUAUCUGCGGCAACUACUUUUAAGAUUGCAGUUUCAUGAAGAACUUAGGCUUAGCUAGGCAUGUCGAUUUCCUAAAAACUCUACCUAGCCCUAAGAAAUACGCUAGGUCUAGGAUCUAGCAUACUAACUUGAACUUCUAAUUCUUGAUAAGCUCAGCAGCGAUUCGCGAGAAGAAUUUCUUGCUACGGUGCCACAACGAGCACUGCAUCUGACAGCGGAUGUAGACAUGAGGAGGACGCUAUCAAACGCUAACGACUCAUCUGUAUCAUCUGGUCUUCCAUUCAUUGGCGGACGUAGGUUGUCAUCUUCAUCCUCGUUGGUACAAUAUCAACGGCAAGACCUGCGCAGGUCGCACGAAUACAAGAUGCCGCCUGAUCACCAUGACGGCUGUAACAGUGCUUUAUCCAGAAAACUGGCUGCUAGUUUUUCGGAAUUGCAGCACGAAGAUCCACUGCUUCAACAUCCACCUCCUCACGAAGAGCAAGAACAACGCACCGGUACUGGUGGCAUCAAAAUCAAUAAACAAGUUGAUUCUGAAGAAGGAGGCGACUUGCAGAAAAAGUUGUUAGCUCCGAUUCCGCGUGUAAAAAUCCGCCUCACUGCGUGGGACAUGAAAGGCGGUGGAUUCGCAGGGCCCGUCGUUGAUACCUCUGUAGACAGCGACCCCUAUCGCGAUUCAGGCAAUCCACGCAUCAUGUCUUGUCCUGAAUUGGAGAGUGCAGAAUGCAUCAUGGUAGGAGAUCCCAAAACAGGCGAAGUACUGUGUUACCUAGACCGCGAAGCGAAAUGGAAUGCACAACCAUUUUUACAGGAAAGCAUGCUGCGGUCUCUACUUGAAAAGCACGAAACAUUUUUGUUAUGAAGAGGCGCACCAGAACAAGUGAUACUGGUUCUGAUGCAUCGUGAUCACUGUGAUUAUACAUUCAUAAGUACAACAUUUUUGUAAAAAUAACGGUUCUUCCAUAUUCUUUCGAUUAUUUUUUCCCUUAAGGCAGUCUGCUGUACUGAACUUUGUGCGGGAUUUAUUGCAUUGUAUUGCAUUGUGUCGUAUUGUAUCUAUACUUUGAAGAGUUCUUGGGCUUGGCUACUCCUACCGUUUAGCCUUAGAUAUAAAAAUUUCAGUAUGACGAGCACGAGGAGGAUAAAUAUACCUACGUAGAGCUGUUGUUGUUUUCUUCUAACCUCAGAGAACAAUCCGAAUACCUUUGUAGGUUUGGUUUUGGAAAAUGACCUGUUGUUGCAGCUGGAUGAUGGAAUUGAGACUGCCGACGAGCACAAGAAAAAGGAUAAAGAGAAAAAAGAUGGUGCGAAAGACGACAAAGGUGGAAAGAGGAAAAAGGACAAGCAGCCAAAGGAGACGAACGAGAAAGGCGAUGGAGGUGGAACAUCGGCUUCACAACAGCGAGCAACAGAGGAACCGCUGGAAACCUACUGGUCUAGAAUGCUUGGGACAUUUGGCUAUUCGGCCGUCAACCUAGAACACGAGGACGGACACGAACAGCAUGGUGGCGGGGCUCAUACAUCAAAACGAUUAUUUCCUUCGGGAUCCAGGUCGGAACAGGUUGCCUCACCGUCGACAAAAUCUCCACAAAAGAUCAUUCCACAACUGCGAGAUCACCAUCGUCCCUUCGCCAAGGUACGCCGCGGAGGAAACGGAGCAGGUUCUUCGGCAGAGAUGGAGAUAUUCUCUUAUGCAUAGUAAGUAUGAUCCUCAUCUUCUCUUUCCGCAACGUUUCUCUUUUUUGCUACUUAAUUGUAGUUGAAAAUUUGCUAGGCAGCGCAGUUAUUGCACUUUGUGACUCGAGUGCGCCAUCGAAAUUCAAUCCAUCAUCAAGCGAAUCCCAAUAGGCUGCGAAUAUAGAGUUUGAUUUUGAUUUUGUUAGUUCUUUUGGAAUUUCUAUUUCUAAUGCUUGCGUUCCGUUUUCCGUGAUCUAGUUUCACGCGGAGGCACGCAGAUGCAUAGCGAGAUACCUUCCGGUAGGCACCUGCGCUUCGGCAAGACGAUGUAUGCGAAGCUCGGAUCAGGUCUACGAAAUUUGGGAUGCGAAAUUCGAAGUAACGGCGUCAUCUGUAGUCACGGCAAUUCUCUUUUCGGGUUCAAGGAUUCCGGAAAAGAUGAGAACUGAUCAUGCUCAUAGCCAUGGAUUUAUCAAGAAUUUUCUCUUCACCGUGUCUCCUGACUGUCGAUGUUGUGUGUAAGUAAUUAGUGUAUUAAUAUAUAAGCUUUGAAGGGGAGAGAACAGUACUAGAAUGAAUAGAAAAUACAUCUAGAGGUAGAGUACCAUAGACGCAUCAGCAUCAAUCAAUUACUAUCAAAAAAACGGGGGAAAGGGUAUCCACUUAAGUGAAACAAGAUGAAGAAACACAGAGGCACGAGGAGGUCAGGGAUAGCUGACUGAGCACCCCUUGCGCAACUAUCUCCCACUACUUAGUGUAGUAAUAAUAGAGUGCUUGGCUUUUCGCCAAAGUCGUGAAUUGCAUGACAUGGAUGACCGCCCCCCAAAGCAACUGUAUUUUUCCUGGCGCCCUUCGGGCCCCAUAGUGCGCUCGAAUCUCCCCUGAUUCGCUUACAAAUUACAUGAUCAGGAGCAAGAAGAAACAAUACAAACAAAAACACAGCCCGCCAUCCCUUCGAACCCCGCCCCCAGCAGCGGUUUCUAGCUAAAGUGAAAGAAAGCGCGGACAAGCUCCAGGCGCUCGGUUGCUCCAGCCGGACUUGGCAGGGGGGUGGCUAAGUGAGGCGGGCCUUCCCUAGACGAAUACAGCUAGCAACCCAUUAAAGACGCAGCCGAGCCUCAAGGGCAACAGAGGAGGACAACGCGCAGGAACCAUCAAUCAUGCCGCCCCGCCACUCUUCACGUUCGUUCGGCUCCCUUUAAAAGGUCGCGCCCUGACUCCCUUCGUCUCAUGCCAAGCAUGUCCAUCAUCAUCCAUCUUCAAAAGAGCUCUAUAGUAAAUAAGUAUGAGAAUAUCUUCGUUAUCGUUUAUUUCGUUAUCCGAUUGUCAAUUCAUCUCUAAUGGUUUUUUCAUAAGUUCUGCCACAAUGAUCCUUUGUGGUUUGUGCAUCAAAAUGACAUCCAGAAGACGGUUUUGAGGUGUUUUCUUAAGCAAUAAAAAAUUAGUGGAUCGAUGAUGUGCACCAUCUUCGAUAUCGAACUAGAACUAGAAGAAAUUUUAAGAAUACAAGUAAUCGGCAAACGCAAGAGUGUCCUUUCGCUUUCGCUUUAGCUGCUAUCUUUUUUCAUCUUGCAUAGUUCGUUGCUAAACCGUUGAGUGGGGAAGUCUUGUAAUUCAGCUUUUUCAUCAGGGAUUCGGGCUGAGGACAGCGCGGCUUUGAGAUCCAAGUGUGUGGAAAUGCGGGUUGUAGCUAUGUAUCUAUAUGUAAGGAUACGUUUCUACGAGCAGCACAGUGGUGAAGCAUCCCAAUUUCUAUCCGUUUUUUUUUCUCACCUGCAGGAAGUGCAAAUGAUCACCAAAAAACAUGACUCAGAAGGGAAAGCUAGCAUGGCUGCGGGGUGUAGUGGUAGGAUGUUGCUAAAAAGAAAAUCCGCGGCAUGAGUGCUUGAGAGGUGGAUGUGCUGAACUUAUUGUUUGGUAAAUGCUUCAAAUGUUCAUCCUACCUCGUUAUUGUUUGGUAAAUUCUUGAGAGUGUGGUCUGACUGUUUUUCGUCAUUUGAAGAUAUAUUUGGGAAGUUCUUCGCAAGAAAGAUUUGUUGCGAUUACAAAUCUUUUUAGUUCUUCAUCUUCGAAAAGAAAAACCAGCAAAAAUAUUGCGUUACAACCGCACUCACAGAUCUUUGCACACCAUUCUGGCAAAGAACACCAUCCUGAUUCUGUUGCUUCAGUGGGUGUCCAUUGAUCAACUUUUUGAUUUUCAAAGAUCCUCUAAACAGGGCGAAAUAUUUCCUCGUUGUUGUUUCUGAAAGAACUAGUUCCUUCGCAACACCACAUCACAUAUGAAGGAAAAAAUAUGUUCAGUAUCUAUGUAGUAUUCGGUCCUUAGAUUUUUUGAACUAGCAACUACAUAAAAGUCAAGCGUUGGAAUUAGGUGUUGGACGAUGUCCUCAAUCAGAGCUCGCUUGUCAGCGCAUUGCAAAGGUGAAUCAUGUGCUAGGGUUUGCAACACACACUUGUUUUUAAGAAAAUGAUAAAUAUCGAGUAGCCUAUAAUGAGUUUGGAGGCUUUGGCUUUCGACACGGACUAGCUGUUCUGGUUGUGUGGGUGCCUGGGGG